AUGGCCUGCGGCCACACCUUUACAAACUACGCCACAACCUGCUGCACCGCGUCCGCCUCGCGGCCUUGCACCCCCGACGUCAAGGUUCAGUACCUCGACGACACGUGCGCGGCAUGUGAUCCCGAAGCCCGGCGCCGCCGCGUGAGACUGGACUACGAGUCCCGUCACGCCGAGCUCAUGGCGCUCUACAUUGCGGCCAAGCGGUCGGGCGACGGGGACGCCAUGGCCCGGGUCGAGCAGCUCGUCAUGGAGAACGCAAGGACCACCAUGGAGCGCAACUUUGAGAUCAGCCCUUCGAGGAGGGACGAGAGCGUCAUGUGGUGGGAGAUGGACAGUGAAUGA